AUGCUGCUUGAGGAAUCCUGCAUUGGUGGUGAACAACCUCUUUGUACGGUAGCAUUUGAGGAAUCCUGCAUUGGUGGUGAACAACCUCUUUGUACGGUAGCAUUUGAGGAAUCCUGCAUUGGUGGUGAACAACCUCUUUGUACGGUAGCAUUUGAGGAAUCCUGCAUUGGUGGUGAACAACCUCUUUGUACGGUAGCAUUUGAGGAAUCCUGCAUUGGUGGUGAACAACCUCUUUGUACGGUAGCAUUUGAGGAAUCCUGCAUUGGUGGUGAACAACCUCUUUGUAUGGUAGCAUUUGAGGAAUCCUGCAUUGGUGGUGAACAACCUCUUUGUACGGUAGCAUUUGAGGAAUCCUGCAUUGGUGGUGAACAACCUCUUUGUACGGUAGCAUUUGAGGAAUCCUGCAUUGGUGGUGAACAACCUCUUUGUACGGUAGCAUUUGAGGAAUCCUGCAUUGGUGGUGAACAACCUCUUUGUACGGUAGCAUUUGAGGAAUCCUGCAUUGGUGGUGAACAACCUCUUUGUACGGUAGCAUUUGAGGAAUCCUGCAUUGGUGGUGAACAACCUCUUUGUACGGUAGCAUUUGAGGAAUCCUGCAUUGGUGGUGAACAACCUCUUUGUACGGUAGCAUUUGAGGAAUCCUGCAUUGGUGGUGAACAACCUCUUUGUACGGUAGCAUUUGAGGAAUCCUGCAUUGGUGGUGAACAACCUCUUUGUACGGUAGCAUUUGAGGAAUCCUGCAUUGGUGGUGAACAACCUCUUUGUACGGUAGCAUUUGAGGAAUCCUGCAUUGGUGGUGAACAACCUCUUUGUACGGUAGCAUUUGAGGAAUCCUGCAUUGGUGGUGAACAACCUCUUUGUACGGUAGCAUUUGAGGAAUCCUGCAUUGGUGGUGAACAACCUCUUUGUACGGUAGCAUUUGAGGAAUCCUGCAUUGGUGGUGAACAACCUCUUUGUAUGGUAGCAUUUGAGGAAUCCUGCAUUGGUGGUGAACAACCUCUUUGUAUGGUAGCAUUUGAGGAAUCCUGCAUUGGUGGUGAACAACCUCUUUGUACGGUAGCAUUUGAGGAAUCCUGCAUUGGUGGUGAACAACCUCUUUGUACGGUAGCAUUUGAGGAAUCCUGCAUUGGUGGUGAACAACCUCUUUGUACGGUAGCAUUUGAGGAAUCCUGCAUUGGUGGUGAACAACCUCUUUGUACGGUAGCAUUUGAGGAAUCCUGCAUUGGUGGUGAACAACCUCUUUGUACGGUAGCAUUUGAGGAAUCCUGCAUUGGUGGUGAACAACCUCUUUGUACGGUAGCAUUUGAGGAAUCCUGCAUUGGUGGUGAACAACCUCUUUGUACGGUAGCAUAUGAGGAAUCUGCCAUUGUAAGCAAUCGUUCAUGCAGCGAUGUCGAAGUAAUUUACCACUGUGUUGCGCUGGCCUCCUGUCUCGGCACUAUGCAAGCAUCUGUUCUGGGUUUUUAUCUGAAAGUUUCUGGAUCUCUUGGAAAUCCUUAA